AUUUGAGUUCUCAAUCUUUAUCAGCUUAAAUAACAUUUGCUUCACACUUCCAUUUCAGUAUAUAACUUACUGUACUUGUACCAUCUUUUUUCUUUAUUAGAUUCUGUCUCUUUCUCUCGCUCUCUCUUUGUGUUUGUUUCUUGAAAUUAAUUAACAUUGAGGCACCUUGUUUACAGUGGAAAGUGGGGUUCUUGCUUCUUUUACAAGUGAUGGUGUGUUGAAAAAUCUUACCUUUUUUCCUUUUUUCUUGGUUGGUUCUUUGUUUUCUUCAUUUAUUUAUUUAUUUGUUUAUUUCUGGUUUGGGGUAAAGGGUUCUUGCUUUAAUUACAAGUAGUUGGUAGGCUUUUUUUCCCUUUGAGGUUUUUGAGGUGUUUUUUGGGAUUUGUGUUUUGAAGUUGCCUUGCUGCUACCGUUUAAGUAAUCUUGAUUUUUCAGUUUUGGGAUCUGAUUUGAUUUUGGUGUUAGGGGAUCUGAGAAAGGUUGUUUCUUGGUGCUAAUUUGCUUAAGUUCCAAGGGACUUUCUUGAAUAUGCGUAAAGGUGGAAACUUUCUUUGUUUGGAGCUGUGAAAAUUGUGCUUACAUGGUGUUGGAGUCUGGAUUUUGAGCGGUUACAUAUAUAUUGUUGUAUGUUUUCAUCAAUGGUGAUUUGGGAUUUUAUGCCAAUGAGUUUUCUGAGUUGGGUAUUCUUGGCUUAUCUUUUUUGUACAUCUUUGAGUCUUGAAACCCCAGUUCAAGACUGUCAUCCAUAUGAUUUGUUGGCAUUGAAGGAAAUUGCUGGCAAUUUAACAGAUGGGGUUAUUCUAUCAGCUUGGUCUCAUGAGCCCAAUUGCUGUAAAUGGGAUGGGGUUGUCUGUGGCAAUGGCAAUGGUUCUGCUGAAAGUAGAGUGAUCAUGCUAAAUUUGUCAAGAAAAGGGUUGAGGGGUGUGGUUUCACAGUCCUUGGAGAAAUUGGAUCAGUUGAAAUUGCUCGAUUUAUCGCGCAAUCACUUGGAGGGUGGAUUGUCUUUAGACUUCUCCAAAUUGAAGCAAUUGGAAGUUCUUGAUUUGAGUCAUAAUAGGUUGCUUGGACCUGUGUUGAGGGUUUUUAAUGGGUUGGAAACAAUCCACUCUCUCAAUAUAUCUAGCAAUUUGUUCACUGGGAAUUUCAUUGAGUUUGGUGAAUUCCCUAACCUUGUUGCAUUGAAUGUAAGCAACAAUUCCUUUAAUGGUAGCUUCAAGUUUGAAAUUUGCAGCUCUUCCAAGAAGAUUAAGGUCCUGGAUAUAUCACUUAAUCAUCUCACUGGUGAUCUUAGUGGCUUGGAAAAUUGCAGUUCAUCUCUCCAGCAGCUACAUGUGGAUUCCAAUAAUCUCGGGGGUCACCUUCCGGAUUCGUUGUAUUCAAUGACAUCUUUGGAGCAACUUUCACUCUGUACCAAUAAUUUCUCAGGCCAGCUAAGCCCACAGCUUAGUAAGCUUUCCAAACUGAAAUCCUUAAUUUUAGCUGGAAAUCGCUUUUAUGGUUUGCUUCCUAAUGUGUUUGGCAAUUUGACACAGUUAGAGCAGCUAGUUGCAUAUUCAAAUAGAUUUUCUGGACCAUUACCGUCUACGAUUUCAUAUCUUUCUGUGCUUAGGGUACUUGAUCUUAGGAACAACUCUUUGUCUGGUCCUGUUGAUCUUGAUUUUACUAGGUUGACAAGUCUGUGCACUCUUGACCUUGCAACUAACCAUUUCAUAGGUAGCCUCCCGGUGUCGCUCUCUAGUUGUCAAGAGUUGAAAAUCUUGAGUCUUGCCAAAAACGGAUUUACCGGGCCAAUUCCUGAGAACUAUGCAAACCUUUCAUCCCUUGUGUUCCUCUCGUUGUCGAAUAAUACCCUUUCGGAUUUGUCUGGAGCUUUAUCUGUUCUGCAGCGCUGUAGAAAUCUUUCAACUCUUAUUCUCACCAGGAACUUCCAUGGUGAAGAGAUUACAAAUAAUGUCACCGGGUUUGAGAACCUGAUGAUAUUUGCAUUGGGUAACUGCGGUUUGAAUGGGCAAAUUCCGACAUGGUUGUACAAUUGCAGGAAAUUGCAAGUGCUUGACCUGUCAUGGAAUCAUUUGGAUGGCAAUAUUCCCUGUUGGAUUGGUGAAAUGGAAAAAUUGUUUUACUUGGAUUUCUCAAAUAAUUCACUCACAGGUGAAAUCCCGAAAAAUUUAACUGAUCUAAAGAGCCUCAUUUCCCCACACAGCUAUGCAUCUAGUCUGAAUUCUCCCACUGGUAUUCCGUUGUUUGUCAAGAGGAAUCAAAGUGGUAGUGGUUUGCAGUACAAUCAGGCUUCGAGCUUCCCUCCGUCCAUAUACUUGAGUAAUAACAGACUGAAUGGGACAAUCUGGCCCGAAAUUGGUCAUCUGAAACAGCUUCAUGUAUUGGAUCUUAGUAAAAACAACAUUACUGGGACGAUACCUAGCUCGAUUUCAAAUAUGGCGAACCUGGAAAUUUUGGACCUUUCCUGUAAUGAUCUCCAUGGAUCAAUUCCUGACUCAUUCAAUAAGCUCACAUUCCUUUCAAAAUUCAGUGUAGCUAAUAAUCACUUGCAGGGAGCCAUUCCAACUGGUGGUCAGUUCUUCAGCUUUCCCAAUUCGAGCUUUGAGGGUAAUCCUGGACUUUGUGGAAAAAUUAUUUCUCCUUGUGCUGUCAGCAAUUUGGGCCUCCAACCGGCUAGUCCUUCUGCUUCUAAUAGUAGAAGGCUUGGCCGAAGUGGAAUUAUUGGAAUUACUAUCGGCAUAGCAAUAGGAAUUUCACUUCUUCUUGCGAUAGUCGUGCUUAAAGUGCCUAGAAGAGAUGCCGGCCAUCAAAUUGGGGACUUCGAGGAAGAUUUCAGCAGACCACCCCGAUCGUCUGAUACUUUUGUUCCUUCUAAGUUGGUACUUUUCCAGAAUUCGGAUUGCAAGGAACUGACAGUUGCGGACUUGCUUAAAUCUACGAACAACUUCAACCAGUCGAACAUUGUUGGAUGUGGAGGAUUUGGUCUUGUUUACAAGGCGGAACUUCCUAAUGGCAUGAAGACCGCGAUCAAGAGGCUUUCUGGGGAUUGUGGGCAGAUGGAGCGUGAAUUCCAAGCGGAAGUGGAAGCGCUCUCAAGAGCUCAGCACAAAAACCUUGUAUCUCUUCAAGGUUACUGUCAGCACGGGAGUGAUAGAUUGCUGAUAUAUUCUUACAUGGAAAAUGGAAGCUUGGACUAUUGGCUACACGAAAGGGUUGAUGGAAACUCAUUAACGUGGGACGUGAGGUUAAAGAUUGCACAAGGAGCAGCUCGUGGAUUAGCCUAUUUACAUAAGGAACCAAAUAUAGUUCAUCGCGACAUUAAAACCAGCAACAUCCUUUUGGACGAGAGAUUUGAAGCUCAUCUAGCUGAUUUUGGACUAUCAAGGCUACUGCGUCCCUAUGAUACUCAUGUCACAACAGAUCUGGUUGGAACCUUGGGAUACAUUCCUCCCGAAUAUAGUCAAACAUUAACCGCUACUUUUAGGGGCGAUGUUUACAGCUUUGGCGUUGUUCUUCUUGAGCUUCUGACAGGCAAACGUCCCGUGGAAGUAUGCAGGGGAAAAAGUUGCAGGGACUUGGUGUCAUGGGUUUUUCAACUGAAAUCUGAGAACAUGGUGGAGGAAAUAUUCGAUACGUCCAUAUGGGAUACAAGUUACGAGAAGCAGCUCUUGGAGGUGUUAAGUAUAGCUUGUCGAUGUAUAAUGCAAGAUCCACGACAGAGGCCCUUGAUUGAUCAAGUGGUCUCAUGGCUCGAGGCAAUUGGAACUGGAAAAGAUAGAUGAAAUUCAUCUAUUUUUUCCUUGUAGAUUUAGCUUCUUUUGCUUACAAGGUGAAGAAUAUCAAAUGUAAAGCAACAGAAAAUUUUAAUUUAUAGAGUUGGUUAUAAUACUUAUGAACUUUUUUUAGUUCACUUGUUUCAUACAAAAAAAAUAGUGACAGUUGUGUUUGUAUACAUAUGCUUAGCUUGUGUAGAAGUCCUUUACCAAGACACAACUAUAUUAUACUCCAUUAUGGCAAGUUUCUCUUCUGAAUAGAUGCAGAUUCAUUUUCA